AUGAAGGUAGCCCCUCCAAUUUCACCUGGAAACUGAGGGAGGGAAAAAGCCAGAGCAGUUCCCAGCCCCAGCACUAUGCGCUAUUACCCAUGGAGAUAUAUCAUAAUUGCUGUGUCCUUAGCCAUCCUGGCCUUCAUUUUCCAAGAGGAUAAAAAAGAAUAUUCUGAGCACAGUGUAUCAUUGGAAGAAAAGAGAGAAAUGAUUUUGAAGUUAGCUCAAAAACAAAUUAACUCUGAAAGGGAGAAUCAUCUGGGAACUUUCAAGAAGUUGCAGAAAAAGUCCCCUUUACUCCAACAUGCCAACUACAAAUUCCUGGUUGGAGCCCAUCCCCAGCAAAAGAAACUGCUGACGGUGGGGAUUUCCUCAGUGCAACAUCCUCAGGGGAGCUACCUGUUGGACACUCUGCGGACCUUGUUCCAGGCAUCUUCAGAAACUGAGCCGAAUUAUAUCGUGGUGCUGGUCCACCUGUCAGAUCCUGACCCUAAACAGCUCAACCAAACAGCUACCAAUAUUUCAAAGCUCUUUGCACCACAUAUUGAGGCUGGGGAGCUGCUGGUGAUCCAUGGUCUCCUCGGAGGCUCUCCUCUCCUGAGAGAGCUGAGUGGUGCUAAUCACACCUCACCCUGUGAAGAACUUUACUUCAGGCAGAAGGUAGAUUAUGUCCUCCUCAUGAACUUUGCUGAAAACCUCUCUGAUUACUUUCUGUUGAUGGAAGAUAACAUACAGUGCACCCCCAAGUGUAUUUCUUUCAUCUAUGCAGUAUUAUCAGCCUGGAAAGAAUUACACUGGGUGAUCCUGGAGUUCUCCAGCCUGAACGUCUCCGGGAAAGUUUUCCACACCAAUGACCUCUCCCGCCUGACCUCUUUCUUCCUCCUCUUCCUUAAGGACACUCCUACUGACUUGCUGCUCUCUGAAUUCCAGCUUCUCUUGGCCCAAAACGUUCCAAUUCGUUUCACUCCCUCUGUCUUGCAUCCUAUGGGCAAUUAUUCUGCAGUCAAGGACAGCUGCUUUCCUGUGGAGAAGGACGAAGUACUGGGUGAACCUGACAACCCCCUUGCUACUGUCCUCACAGACAUGGAACCAGUAUUGAAUGUUGUUCCACAAUAUGCUUAUACUCUGAACGAGGAGGGUUACACGACCUUGAAUCCUUUAGAAGGAAAUCAUUUGAGAGUGAUUCUGGACAGACCACAAAAAGUCAUCCGGAUAGCGGUGCUGACGGGCAUUGAUGAUGGAGGAAAAUACCAGUUGCGGCAGGGGCAAGUGGAACUGGGCUACCAGCCCACUGAGGAGCCCAAAGACUGUGCUCACUAUACCCUGCUGGGGCCACUGGUGGAAGGAAAUCUGGACCAGCGGGUAUUUUCUAAAGAAGGCUCUGAGGAGAAAUUGAGUUGUAUCCGACUGCUGGUGUUAGCAUCUCAAGAGUCUUGGCUAGUGAUCAGGCAGAUCAAAGUCUGGAUUGAGCCUGAAGAGGACAGUUAG